GCGAAAUUGCGUCAUGCCCCAAACCGGCCACUCGGACCCCGAAAGCAGCAAGGUUCUCGUGUCGCCCGCCCUCUCCUCUUAAAAGAACCUCUCUUCUUACCGUUCCAGCAUCAAUUGGCCAACCUACUUGUUCCAAUUAGAUAUACAAAAUGUUCUCUCGUCAAGCUUUCAGAUGUGCUCAGCCCUUGAGGCAGAGCUUCCGCAAGUACUCUACUGAGGCACCCAAGGGCGGCAAGUCCCUCGCUCCCGUCUACAUCUCUGUCGGUCUCGCUGGUCUCGGUGUCGGCCUCUGGCGCUACAACUCGGGCACCGCUAAUGCAGAGCCGAAGGAGCGCCCUCACGUUUUCACCGGUGGUGAGCAGGGAUGGGUUGACCUGAAGCUCGCAAACAUUGAGGAGCUCAGCCACAACACCAAGAGACUUCGCUUCGAGUUCGAGGACAAGGAGGCUGUUUCCGGUCUGCAGGUUGCCUCUGCUCUUUUGGCCAAGUUCAAGCCCGAGGGCGGCAAGGCUGUCAUCCGCCCCUACACUCCCACCAGCGAUGAAGAGCAACCCGGUUACCUCGAGCUUGUCGUCAAGUCGUACCCCGGCGGUGCCAUGUCUGAGCACCUCCACAGCAUGAACGUGAACCAGCGCCUGGAACUCAAGGGCCCUCUCCCCAAGUACCCUUGGGAGGCUAACAAGCACGACCACAUCUGCUUGAUUGCUGGUGGUACUGGUAUCACCCCCAUGUACCAGCUGGCUCGCCAGAUCUUCAAGAACCCCGAGGACAAGACCAAGGUUACUCUGGUGUUCGGAAACGUCAAGGAGGAGGACAUUCUCCUGAAGAAGGAGCUCCAGGAUCUCGAGAACACCUACCCCCAGCGCUUCAAGGCCUUCUACGUCCUCGACCAGCCUCCCGCCGAAUGGACUGGUGGCAAGGGCUACAUCACCAAGGACCUCCUGAAGACCGUCCUUCCCGAGCCCAAGGAGGAGAACAUCAAGCUCUUCGUUUGCGGACCCCCCGGUCUGUACAACGCCAUCAGUGGAAACAAGGUCAGCCCCAAGGACCAGGGCGAGCUGACCGGUAUCCUGAAGGAGCUUGGUUACAACAAGGACCAAGUCUUCAAGUUCUAAGCUAAAGAGCGAUGAAACAUUUGUUUAGAGUGUUUUGAUAGGGUUGUUACCCCUUGUGUCAUUAGAUUAUAUCCUAUUUAGCGAACGGGCAUAUAUCCACUGCUAUUCGUAUACCGUCGAUUUCCAGUAAAUCUAACCGUAAUGAAUAGCAUGACGUACGGAAAAGGGUCGUGGCUUGUUCUAAUUAUUUUUAGGAUAACUUUUUGUUUGAUUUGUCUAAAACGAUAGCUGUCAUCAACAGGAGCUCUGUCGGAGGUCUGGAUAUAUAUAGCGGGGUAUGAUGCGACCACCCAGGCACACACC